AAAUUUCUGAAACCGUUAUUGGAUUUGACAAUAUUCAAUAAAACUUGGAUUAAUCAAAGUACAUUCUGCCAGUUUCAAGUAGAACUCAUGAGGUGGCAAUCGGGGAUUGUUAGAAAUGAGUUUAUUCAACUGGACUGGUGUCCCAUACCAUCAGGCAAGACUUGUAGAUUCGGCUAUACCACAUAAUUUAGGAUGGAACUUAAGUCCGGAAGAUUUGGUGCACGUCCCAGACCACUGGCUGAUGUACCCCGAACCCGACAAAUCUCUGCAUUUACUUUUGGCUAUGGUAUACGUGUUUUUUUUCGUGGCGUCUGUGGUAGGCAACGGAGUUGUAUUGUGGAUAUUCUCGACUUCGAAGAGCUUGAGAACCGCUUCCAACAUGUUCGUUGUGAACCUCGCCUUUUGUGAUUUUAUGAUGAUGCUAAAGUCACCGAUAUUCCUCUACAAUUCCUUCCAUUACGGAUUCGCUGCCGGACAGUUAGGCUGUCAGAUUUUCGCUGGAAUGGGCUCUCUUUCGGGAAUUGGAGCUGGCAUGACCAAUGCAUGUAUUGCCUAUGAUAGGUACACAACUAUCACGAGACCUUUUGAUGGUAAAAUAACUCGCGGAAAGGCGAUGGUAAUGAUCCUUUUCGUGUGGGCAUAUACGAUUCCUUGGACGGUUCUACCCGUUACGGAAGUUUGGGGUCGAUUUGCACCAGAGGGCUUUCUGACUGCGUGUAGCUUCGACUACUUAACUCGAACCUUCGAUAAUCGCCUGUUUGUUGGAGCCAUAUUUACGUUUUCUUACGCUAUUCCUAUGGUCAUGAUCAUUUAUUUCUACAGUCAGAUAGUCAGCAAAGUGUUUAGCCACGAAAAGGCACUCAGGGAACAAGCGAAAAAAAUGAACGUCGAAUCGCUCAGAGCAAAUCAGCAGAAUAGCGAGUCCGCCGAACUGAGGAUAGCCAAGGCCGCCAUUACCAUUUGUUUCCUUUUCGUGUGUUCUUGGACUCCUUACGCUACUCUUGCCCUUAUAGGCUCGUUCGGGGAUCAGUCGCUGUUGACACCCGGAGUUUCCAUGAUCCCCGCCUUAAACUGCAAACUCGUGGCGUGCAUCGAUCCUUAUAUAUAUGCUAUAAGUCACCCAAAAUUCAGGUUGGAGCUGCAGAAACGGCUUCCUUGGCUGGCGAUUAGGGAGAAGGAAGUGAGCGAUACCCAGUCGAAUGUCACGGAAAACACCACCACGGCUCAAACGACCACGACGUGAGACGCUUUACCCACAUAUAUUUUGAUACUGGAUUUGAUGAUCUAAUCCUUUUUCAUUGCGAUAGAUGGACAUAGAUAUUUUUUGAAUAUACCGUUAUUUGUAAAAACUACCCAAUACAC